AUGACCCCUCCUCGCAAAGGCCGAGGCGGCCGCCCCAACAACAACAUCAACAAUAGCCAGUAUCUACAGCAAUACCCUGUCGGAGUAUCUGACUACGAAUCAGACAAUUACUAUUCCUUCCCUGACGCCCAGCAGCAGAUACAGCAAUUACAACUACAGCAGCAACAACUGCAACAGCAACAGCAACAACUACAACAGCAACAGUCGUCCCGCACCAACGAAGACCUCAACAACGCCGUCCUCCGCCGCCACAACCCCGAAAUCGCCUCUAUCCUAUCCCUAUCCCCUUAUGUGGUAGUCUACGCUUUCAACCUGGAGUCUCAGGGAUGGGAGAAAACCGGGAUGGAAGGCAGCAUGUUCGUCUGCCAGCUGGUUCCAGAAGCCUAUGGCCAAGAACGCUACAGCGUCUUUGUCCUGAACCGCCGCGGCCUCAACAAUUUUGACCUCCACCUGACCGACGAGAAUAACGUGGAAAUCACAGACGAGUUUGUCAUUUUAAAGUCUGACGCGAAGACGGCCGGCUUCAACUCAGACGACAACAACAACAACAACAACGCCGAGGCGGGGAAAAUAUACGGCUUGUGGAUUUACUCUGAGCCGCCACCGAACUCGACCGCCGAGACUCGGAAAAUCAAUGCCCAAGUGAUCAAAGAAUGCGCAAUCCAUGCAGGCCAAAGUCAGCUUCUGGCACGUGAGAAAAUGGCCGCCGAACAGCAUAAUGGUUUUCAGCAGCCGGCUCAGCCUCCUGCUCCUCCUCCUCCUCCUCCUCCUGCUGCUGCUGGCGGUGAUGUUCUUGGGGAUUUGUUUCGGAGAGCCGGUCUAGGUCAACAAAAUCUAUGA